AAGUGGCGGGAGGAGGAGCGGUGUAGCGGCCCACUACGACGCAGACUCUCACACCGUCAACAUGCCCACCACACGCAGCAGUGGACGCAGGAAGGCGCCAGAAGCCAAGGAGGCCGUUCCCACCAAAAAGGGAAGAAAGGCUCCUAAGGCCAGAGCACAAGAACCUGAAGAGAAAGAGACUGAGGUUGCUGAAGUUAAGGACAAAGACUCGACCAAAGAUAAUGAAGAGUCUGAGGAAAAUACCAAGGCAAAUGGGGAAGCAAAUGGUGUAGCUGAAGAGGAAGCAAAGGAAGAGUCGAAGGGAGAUGGACCAGCCAAAGAGGAGGAAGCCAGCAAGGAGGGAGUUGCAGAAGAAAAGGAGAAUGAACCUGAAACUAAUGGAGAGGAAGCAGAGGAGUCUGAGGCACCAGCACCACCAGCUAAGGGUCGCCGAGGUCGGAAACCAAAGAAGGUCUCAGUUGAGCACUGCAAAUCAUGAAGUGUUUUCAAACGGAAUGCCGUUCAGGUGACCGACGGUAUUCGAGCUGAGUUCCCUGGUAUUGAGGUGGAACUCAAUCCUCAGAAGCCUCGCAGUAAAACCUUUGAGAUCACAAUAACCUUUGAUGAUGGAAAGUCAGACUUGAUAUGGUCUGGUCUCGAGAAAGGGCCCCCUCGCAAGUACAAGUUCCCUGAUCUUUCAGUUGUGCUUGAGAAAAUAAAGAACCAAAUGUAAAUGGGACACUUUUUAUUGAUGUAGUUUAGAUUUGCAAUCCUUUGCUGAUAUGAAUAUCAUUCUGGAGUUUGAGCUCAAAUGUUUUGCUUCCUUUUUAUAAAGAUCAUUAAUUUUGCAAAUUUCUUGGCAUAAAUUUCAUUACAAUGCCGUUAUGUUGAUCAUAAUAUUGUGUGGAAUUAUUUUUCAUCAAACCUGUGUUAUUCUGUCAGCAGAAGGUUGCAUCAGGAAGUCAUUUCUGGAUUACUCUAGGAUGAAAUUGUCACUUGGUGAUCUAUAUAUGAAAGUCAGAAGGUAAAAGCUGUGCUUGCUUUAGACUGGAUGCUCCAGAACACAAGGUGAUGAUAGUUCUCCUCAGAGUAUCUACUGAUGAUUUUCGCAUAAGCUGAUAAGUCCCUAACUGUAAUUUUAAAAUAUGUACAAAGUUCACUGGUGCUGGCAAAGGUCUUGGAUGUAGAUAUUGGCCAUGCCACUACCAGUAUUGAGGCUUGAAGGUAGAGAACUUCACUUCCUGGAGCUGUAUAUUGUGUGGUAUUAGGACACUUCUCAUCCUUAUCUUUCUGCCUUCUCCUGUGGACACUGCAUAAUAGCCCAGCUACCAUUUUUUGGAGGAUUUAGAAUUUCAUAAAUGUUUCAUAGUACUGAAGUAAAUAUUGUGAUUUUUAGUUUUCAAUAGACUUUUAGGACAUUUUGUAUUUUCUUUAUAAAUAGUUUCAUGAUGGCCAAAAUCUGUUAUUCCCACUAAGUGGUGCUAAUUUUUAUUUCACUUGUGUAGCUGGAAAUGGUUUUUAAAGCAUUGCUCAGAUUUAUUUUAUUAUUUCUAUCACCUGCUUCUGUAUUUUUAGAAAUAAUAAAGUACACAAAAACC